AUGAAUCGCUGGGCGAAAACCCAGUUUGAAGGAAAAGCCGGCGAUAACGACACCAUUACCAACUGCUAUCUCCUUGCGCUACCGACAGAGCUGCUCCUGGAAAUCAUUUCUCACCUGUCUGUGCUGCCCGAGGCAUGUCUGGCGCUGACCUGUAAACGCCUCUACUCGAUAUGCGGUGCUACCCUAGGCGCCAAACCCCUCCAUUUCAGUCGAGACUUUGCACCGCUUUUCCACCACUACCGAAAUGGACACAAUUUCGUCACACCACGUUGGCAAUUUAUAAACUUGCUAGAAGAUAAUAGGUGGCGGGCAUGUUCUCGAUGCUUGAAACUCCACCCGCGGAGCUUCUUUCCCGCGCGAGAGCUGAAACGAAAGUCCGAGGAUAGAUCAUGCAACCUAGGAAGUUCGGCAGGCAUAGUAGACCUGUGUCCUUGCAAGAAGUUGACCUUCCAGGAUAAGGUGGAGCUUGUCGAACUCUUGAGGGUACGGCGAAAAACGAUCACGGAUUUGGCGAUCCAGUUUGGUUCCGGGAUGAAGCAGCAGCGUUUCUGCUGGCAUAGUUGCACUGAGGACUACGGAUCGACGCAGCUAGAUAUUGAAAUCUACCCUGAGCUGGACGACGAAGACCAAUUGAAGAUCAAGACAGAAUACCGCUUGCGCACGGGUUCCGGCCAGCUCGGCAAAGAGGAGCAUAUGACGCCGCGAUUUGGAUGUGCUCACCGGUCCGUUGACUUAUGGCUUUCGAGUGUCUGCCAGACGACUCUCUGUCGCCUUUAUGACAACCAGUGCGCGUCCUGCAAGCGAAUAUCCGUAUGUAAUACAUGCAAUGCCUCACUCAGGUGUCCUCGCAAACAGCCAUGUCGAGUGGACGAUGAAACGGGACAAGCAACAUACCAUUUUUAUACUGAAAGGUGCUUGGGAGGAUCGGGGCCUGUACCAGAUCAGACAUGGGCAGCGCAGCGAAUCCAUCCCGCGGAGAAUCUGAUAGACGUCGCAAACUGCAGUGAGCUAUGCCCGUGGACGAUCCGAGAACAUCCGCCUCUGGAAGAAGCCCCGUCUUUGGAGAUGAAUAUCCUCAAUCCCGCUAUACAGGAUCAGUCGAUGAAUCAGCUGUAUACCUCGAUCAGUAUGAUUUAG